GAAGAGGAGGAGCUGUAACUAUAUAUACUGAAGAGAAAGACGGACAGAAACGGACAGAAGCAGAAAUGUCUGAUCAGUGUGAUCUGUGUCUGCUGGGACUGAUCAUUCUCUCUUCACUUCUCACAGGCACCAGUGGAGUGGAUUAUGAUCAUGUGUUCAUCAGUUCUGGUAGAAAUGUCCGUCUGUCCUGUAAUAAAACUCUUUCUGACUGCAAAUCAACUACAUGGACCUACAGCAGCUUCAGUCAUUCAACAGUUGAACUGAUUAAUUUAGGGAUAAAGAAUAAAGACACAGAGAGACAUGAGAGACUGAGUCUGGAGUCUGACUGCUCUCUGAACAUCAAGAACGUCACAGAAGAAGAUUAUGGAUUAUACACCUGCAGACAAUAUGUGAACGGACAAGAUCACCAACCAGAAACUGAUGCACCUGUUUAUCUGCAUGUUCUUCAUGUUUCAGUGUCUCCAUCAUCAUCAUCAUCAUCAUCAUCAUCAUCUUCAUCCUCACAGGCUGAGAUCAGUCCAGGCCGCUCUGUGACUCUCUCCUGUCAGUUGUAUUCAUAUAGUAGAUACUCCUGUGAUUAUUGGGUUCGUUCUGAGGGAGUUGAGCUGUUGUGGGUGAAUCAGGCUGGUGUUGAUCUGAAGACAGACUCCAGAUAUCAGAUAUCAUCAUCAUCAUCAUCAUCAUCACAUCAAUAUCACUGUAUCAUCACUCUGACUACAACACUCCUGAAUGAAGAUAACAACAGAGAUUGGAGAUGUCAGCUUACUCACAGAAAUCAACUCCAGACGUCAGUCACAUACACUGUCAAGUAUUCAGGUGAUGUGUGUGAACAUUCAUCUUCUGCAGCUCCAGUCUCUUCAACAACACUGACUCCAGUCAGCAGAUCAAACUCUGAGAAGACAUCAAGCAGAACUACAGCAACAGCUCCUACACAAGGUUCAUGAUCACAUGACCACUGGCACACAUCAUCACUCUCGCUUCAGUGGUUUGCACUGGCUCUCACAC